AUGGCCGGGGCCGGGGAGCGGCGGGCGGCGGCGCUGACGGCCGUGAGCACCGAGGGCUCGGGGCCGCCCGGCGGGACCCCCGUCCCGGGCCGCCGGGGGCUGCUGGCGGGGUCUCGUCCCGGGGCCGCCGCCGCCCGUCCCGCCGGGUCCCAGCGCUGCUGCCGCCGCCGCCUCCAGAACUGUCUGUACAACGUGCUGGAGCGGCCCCGCGGCUGGGCCUUCGUCUACCACGGCUUCAUAUUCCUCCUGGUCUUCAGCUGCCUGGUGCUGUCAGUCUUCUCCACCAUCCAGGAGCACCAGAAACUGGCCAACCAGUGCCUCUUCAUCCUGGAGUUUGUGAUGAUUGUGGUGUUUGGCAUGGAGUACCUCGUCCGGGUGUGGGCUGCUGGCUGCUGCUGCCGCUACCGGGGCUGGAGGGGCCGGCUCCGCUUCGCACGGAAACCCUUCUGCGUGAUAGAUCUCAUGGUGUUUGUGGCCUCGGUGGCCGUGAUCGCCGCCGGCACUCAGGGCAACAUCCUGGCGACGUCGGCGCUGCGCAGCCUGCGCUUCCUGCAGAUCCUGCGCAUGGUGCGCAUGGACCGCCGGGGCGGCACCUGGAAGCUGCUGGGCUCCGUCGUCUACGCCCACAGCAAGGAGCUCAUCACCGCCUGGUACAUCGGUUUCCUGGUGCUCAUCUUCGCCUCCUUCCUCGUGUACCUGGCAGAGAAGGAUGCCAAUGCCCAGUUUGCCACCUACGCCGACUCGCUGUGGUGGGGCACGGCCUCCCCCUGCUCUGGCCCCGGGCAGGUCACUCUCACCACCAUUGGCUACGGGGACAAGACCCCUGAGACGUGGCUGGGCAGGAUGCUGGCGGCCGCCUUCGCCCUGCUGGGCAUCUCCUUCUUCGCUCUGCCCGCCGGCAUCCUGGGCUCCGGCUUCGCCCUCAAAGUGCAGGAGCAGCAUCGGCAGAAGCACUUCGAGAAGAGACGGACUCCGGCGGCCAACCUCAUCCAGGCUGCCUGGCGCCUGUACUCCACGGACAGCACCCACAGCUACCUGACAGCGACCUGGUGCUACUAUGACAGCCUGCUGCCCUCCUUCAGAGAGCUGCUCCUAAUGUUUGAGCACUUGCACCGGGUCCGCAACGGAGGAUUUAGGAACUCAGAGGUGACAAACUGGCCCGACGGAGCCCCAGCACCUUCCCUGGGCCAGGCACACAGCAGCCCGUGCUCAGGGGAAAGCUGGAAGGAGGAGGACGUGCAGCCCCACAAGUGCUUACAGCUCAGCACCAGGAUGGGCAUCAAGGAGCGCAUCCGCCUGGGCACCCCCCAGCGCCAGAGCAGCCGGGGCAGGCAGCACCUGGGGCCCCCCCUGCACCGCUCCCCCAGCACUGAGGAUGUCUCUGAGGCCUCCAGUCCCACCAAGGUGCAGAAGAGCUGGAGCUUCAAUGACAGGACCCGCUUCCGUGCGUCCCUGAGGCUCAAACCGCGCACCCCGGCCGAGGCCAGCUGCCCACCAGAGGACAGCAGCGAGGAGAAGAGCUCCCACUGCGACCUGACCUUCGAGGACAUCAUGCCAGCAGUGAAGACUCUCAUCCGAGCUGUCAGGAUCCUCAAGUUCCUGGUGGCCAAGAGGAAGUUCAAGGAGACUUUGCGUCCCUACGACGUGAAGGACGUCAUCGAGCAGUACUCAGCCGGUCACCUGGACAUGCUGGGCCGGAUCAAGAGCCUGCAGACACGCGUGGACCAGAUCGUGGGCAGAGGGAGCCUGGCUGCAGACAAGAAGCUCCGGGAGAAGGGGGAGAAGCCGGCGCUGGAGGUGGAGCUGGUGGAUGAGCUCAGCAUGAUGGGCCGAGUGGUCAAAGUGGAGAGGCAGGUUCAGUCCAUUGAGCACAAGCUGGACCUGCUGCUCGGCCUCUACUCGCAGUGCCUGAGGAAAGGCUCCACCAACUCCUUCAGCCUGGCUGCUGUGCAGGUCCCUCCCUGCGAGCCAGACAUCACCUCAGACUACCACAGCCCCGUGGACCACGAGGACAUCUCUGUGUCUGCCCAGACCCUGAACAUCUCCAGGUCGGCCAGUGCCAACAUGGACUGAGCAGGGAGGCGCCGGGGCCGGAUCCUGCCCGGGUGCGGGCGCUGGGAGCAGCGUGGCGGUGCCUGGCCCCCAGCAGCCACGUCCCUCGCCCUGUUACUUGAACCAAGGCUUCCUUGGAGGGGGCACAUCUGCAGGGGGCUGGGCUGGGAGCCCGUGGCACGGCCAGACCCCGCUCCUGGAGCGUUCUCCAGCCUGGCCCUGUCCCGUGGGGGUUGGCUCGUAGCCCCAGCCCUCAGGACCCCCCCUCUCAGCUCCUGCCUGGUUCCCCCAGAGCUGAGCUGGGGCCACCACAGCUAUGCAGGACCCCGUCUCCCUUCUGCUGCUGGGACUGGGA